CAGGCGCAGCUCACAGUGCGCAGUGAACGUUGUAGAUACGCGCACCGCCCGCGCGAUUCCACUCUCGCGCACGUUGCACGCACGGAAAACUUUUAUACAAGUUUAUUGAUUAUUUUAAAUGAAAUAUUGAUAUCCAGUUAAGAUUGAAUUGUGAAGUAUGGCGCAAUUGUUAGUGUUAGUGUUCGGUAUAGUCGGAUUAUGGACUCAAGUUGAUUGCCUGGCAAACAAUAAGUAUGAUGACUAUUCGCUCGUACGUAUAUAUCCAGCAAAUGAAACGCAAGUGGAGGCCGUCAAUCGCUUUCAAGACCAUGAGGACACUAUCGAAGUUUUGAAAGGGAGUAGAGGAAUAAAUGAUAGUUUAGAUUUGCUGGUGGCACCUAACCGCAUUAACUACGCACGCCAGUUUGCUGAUGAAAACAAUUUAGGAUUUGAAGUGAAACAACAGGAAUAUGGCAGGACAUUCAAGUCAGUAGAACGCGUCCCCCGGAGGCGAGUGCUACGAAGUUUCAGUAUCUACGACUACAAUUCCUUUUCGGCUAUCCAAGAGUACUUAGAAACCGUCGCAAGGAGACGUCCUGAACUGGUUACUCUUCAGAUACUAGGCAACAGUUAUCAAGGUCGGCGGGUGAAGCUCGCGAAAAUAUCAACAAACCCUAAUGCUGGGAAUCCCAUAAUAUUUAUCGAUGCUGGUAUACAUGCACGAGAAUGGGUAGCUCCAGCGAUGGCCUUGUACUUGAUACACAGACUGACCAACGAUCCCGACGCAAGACAAAAUGAGUUGAACGGCGUCGACUGGUACAUUCUCCCGGUGGUCAACCCUGAUGGAUAUGAAUUCACUAGAUCCAGCAAAGCUAAUCGCUUAUGGAGAAAGACGAGAUCAAAGAGUAACGGUAACUGUUAUGGCGUUGAUGGCAACAGAAACUAUGGCUUCAAAUGGGCCGUCAGUGGGGUGUCAAACAACCCUUGCGACCGAGAAACAUACGCCGGCCCUCAGCCCUUUUCCGAACCCGAAACACAAAUGGUCAGGAAUGUCAUGUUGGAAAACGCUAAGAGAUUGAAGCUCUACGUCUCUGUGCAUUCGUAUGGACAGUACUUAGUUUACCCCUGGGGCUAUACAGGAGAUUAUAUCCCUAAAGAGUGGAAAAAACUAGAUUCCUUGGCAAGAAGUGUCUCUGACGCCGUACAAAGGGCAGGAGGAAAGCCUUUUAGAGUAAUGAGUGCAGGAAAAUGGUAUCCGGCGGCGGGUGGCAGUGAUGACUAUGCUUUCGGUGCUGUAGGUGUUCCUUACUCUUAUACUAUGGAACUAACAGACGGAUACGAGUUCGUAUUCCCUGAAAGAUUAUUAAAAGUAGUUCUGCCGCAAUUUUAUGAAGGUUUUCGAGUGUUCGGCGCACAGAUUAAAAAGGAGUUCAAAAAUUCAAGGGUACCAAGAGAUUCGGAUACAAACGACAAUGAAGACUGAUACCAAAUCAUAAAGAGGCUAAAUUUGAAAUAUAUUUAAAUAAAGAAAUACAUAUAGGAUAAAA